GAAGAAUAUAAUUCAGCUCCAAGUUAGAAGACUUUUAGAAGUGUUGUCAUGGGAUGUUGCUCAAUCUGGGAAGUCUUGGCACUAAAUUAUGCUGCUAAGCAGAAGCUGGGCUGACACCACCCACAACUGGCUGUAGUUAACUGCAAGGACUUCUCCAAAGAGCAGCUGUGUACUUACACAAGGCUCCUGGACUCUUAUUCUGUAAAAUCCACAGGAGAGCAGCACAGGAAAAGAUCGGAGGGAACAGCUUCUGCUAGACUAAGAAAGAUGCUGGAGAGCUCUUCAGUCCCUUUGUUCAGUGUCUUCAUCCUGCUUUUCAUUUUGCUGCUCAUUGUGUUGCUCAUCAGGAAAAAUGCCACUGCUGCCCUUAUCUGGAAUGAAAUAAUCCGGGAGAAAGUAACCAAUUUCAUCAUGAAUCAGAGCAAAGAACAGAGGAUUUUAAACUUUGUGCUGCAGAAUGCAGUGCGAGGAGACCCCUGUAGUGUGCUGGACACUAUAGAUAAAUACUGCUCCCAGAAAGAGUGGGCCAUGAACGUGGGUGAUGAGAAAGGUAAAAUUCUGGACAAGACAGUGGAAGAGGCCAAUCCAUCAGUUGCCCUGGAGCUGGGGACGUACUGUGGCUACUCUGCAGUGAGGAUUUCUCGGCUACUGAAGGCAGGAGCCCGUCUGCUCACUGUGGAGUUCAACCCAGAGUUUGCUGCUAUAGCCAAACAGAUGAUUGAGUUUGCUGGAGUACAAGAUAAGGUAAAACUCCUAGAAGGCCCUUCAGAGGAAAUUAUCCCCCAGCUGAAAAAAAAAUAUGAAGUGGAUACUCUGGAUUUUGUGUUCCUGGACCACUGGAAAGACAGAUACACACCAGACACCAUCCUGCUUCAGGAAUGCAACUUGCUGAGGAAGGGCUCAGUUCUUCUGGCUGACAAUAUCAUUUUCCCAGGAGCUCCAGAUUUCCUUAACUAUGUCCGCAAGAGCCCCCAUUUCCAAUGCACUAACUACCCAUCUCAUCUGGAAUACAUGCAAGUGGAAGAUGCUAUGGAGAAGGCUGUGUUUUUGGGAUAAAGAGAAUCAUUAAUAAUCAACUUUUGUUUCAAAUGAUGUAAAUGCAACUGCACAGAUUAACUUGUCCAUGCUUUACAGGUUUUUUUUUUAAUUAUUAUUUUUUUAUUUUGGAGCUUGUAAUUAAACAAGCAGUAGUGAUCUUUUUAGGCGAGGUAGAAACCAGAAUAUGGACUAAGUUGGGUCUGUGCCAUUGUUCCACAUUAACUCUGCAAACCCAAGGUGAUGCACAUUGCCUUGCCUUGACCAACACAUCAUCAAACAACAAUCUGUCAUUUUGAGCUCAACUUGAACAACCACAAUUUGGGUUUAGGGUGGAGAAAUACUCUGCAACUUCUGAAGACUUGUGUCCCCAAGCUAAACUCAUUAAUCAUUAGCAAGAGUGAAAAAAAACAUUCAUCAUGUUGCAAGAAAAGACCAUUUCAUGUGCCCUGUUUUUGCUAAAUUACUAGCAUGCCUCUUGAUGCAGUGAAGGCUCCUAUUGUGAGAUCAGAUACUUCUUUGCACAUUUACUGCAAAAGUUAAUCAUCUCUAUGUGAGAGAAAAGAGCACACACUGAAAGAAGGCAGACCCAUGCAGUGAUGAGAACAACAAAACAGAAUUUUGAAAACACAAACAAAUAAAAUUAUUAAUCUGCCCAUGCAGAGGCAGGGAAAACUGAAGUAGUAAACAGAUUAAAAUAAAUACAGUGACAGGUAACAAAAGGACCAGACUCUUUCCAAAAGGAACACAAAACUACAUCGUAUUUGACCUGGAUGAAAUGCUGGUUUUCCCCUCGUUAUACUGUACAUACAUAGUACGUGCUUUUAGGGGCAGGGCAAGCUGCUUAUUCUGAAAUGCUGAAUAUGUUUAAAAUGUUGUAUAGAAAUAAAGUCCAGAGAGAAUGGGUUCUAGAAUGGGUUCUAGCAGGUGGGCCCUGCAUGCCUUGGUUAACCUCAGUGCUGUUACACCAUGUGAAUAGUGUGGGUCGUCACUGAGAAGAUUCAAAGCCAAAUACAAAGUCUCUAACUCACCUGAAAAUGCAGAAAUCCAGUGGCAUUUCCUAGCACAUGUCCUGCUGUGAUUAUAUAAGGCAGCAACAGUCACAUUUCUAAAUAAAAGGUAAGAAACAACAGAGCAAGGGCAUGACUUGUAAUUUUUUCCAAUGAAUUCUGUACUGCACAUGAGGCUUCCAGACGUGAAACAGACACAGAAAGAUCCAACUGUUGAAAAUCAGAGUGAAAAUCAAGGACAAGCAUUCUUGUCUUUCCCAGGAUGAAUUCUUUCAAGCCUGUUAUGAGUUUCUUCCUUGCAUAGCCCACCUUACCACAGUGGUCCCUCCCCUGGCCUGUGUGCUGCAGAAAAUCCACCACCAGGACACUACUAAGGAGCAGAGGAUCAUCAAAAGAAAACUAGAAUGGGCUAAGGUGACAGAGUCAGUUUAGAAAUGGACCAAGAAAACCACAGUGACCCAGCCAGUUUGUAAAGUGUGCAUUUCACAGGACAGGACAGGAGAAGGCAACACUAUCAGAGUUUUCCUGACAAGGUAACUGUCAGAUCAUGAAAGACACAGAUUUCCUGUACUGGGUUGGAUUAUGCAGAAGCAGCCUCAGGUGACUCUGUUGUACUGUUCUGUGUAGAGCCAACACUGAGUUCUAACACCUCCAUCUUGUACUGAAAGUCAGUGAUUAGUUCUGGUAUUCAGCUCAACUCCAAGUCAUCGGACCAAAGUCCUUCAGGUGGUUGGAAGCAAUUUUUGCAAAAUUUGCAAUGCAAAAUAAUCAAGUACAUUUACUGGCAAAUACAAGUUUGUAGGGAAAACUGGAAAAUCUGGAUACAUACUGUUGACCAGAAAAUUUGUCUGUGUACUCAAAGCCUUGACUCUAAAGAAUCCUCACUUGUGUUUAGCCCUCAACACCUUUGGAGCCAACAGACACUCCUGUCACAGCAGGGCACAUCACACAGGCUGAUGAGCAAGCCAGUCUCAGAAGGAUGAGUAAGAGUAAACAGGUAGACUCUUCUGCACUUUGCAAGAGAGGAUCAGAAUAAUGGCCAAAAUUACUGUUCAAGAGACUGUCAAGAAGAUUAGGAAAGGUGGGAACCUGUAGAGUGGAUAUUUCAAAAGAUGCAGUAGUGAAUAAUGUAUUUGUAAUACAUGUGGCAAAUAUAACAGCCACCUUUUAGUAUAAAAAGGUAUUUUAAUUCAUUAGAAAGCAUCUCCUACCUGGCAAACUGUAAAAAUAAACACAAUGUAUGUUCUAUCAGCA